AUGUGGAAUCUGACGACGAAGCGAUGUGGCGACCUCGAACCCAUUCAGUCCAUUUUGACCCAGUUCUCGGUGAAAUCCCGGGCAUUCUCAUCCAGUGUCAUAAAACAUCGACAAAACCGAAUUCCAGCCGCAUACUACCGUGGUGGAACUUCAAGAGGAUUGAUCUUCCAGCAAAAGGACCUACCUACGUCUCGGGAUGGCUGGAAACCUAUCUUUCUCGGUGCACUGGGCUCCCCAGACCCAAAUGGCCGACAGCUCGACGGCUUAGGGGGCGGUUCAUCGAGUUUAUCAAAAAUUUGCGUCGUCUCGCCAGCAUCAGACCAGUCUCGGGCACAGGGGGCACAGGUGGACUUUACCUUUGUCCAAGUAGGAAUUAAAUCUACCGAUAUUGACUAUUCUGGGAACUGCGGAAAUUUAACCAGUGCCGUUGGGCCAUUUGCCAUUGAUUCAGGCCUGGUUACUCUGCGCAAAGAAGAUAUAAAUCAAGAUGACAACACGACCACUGUUCGCAUAUACAACACAAAUACCCAAAAGAUAAUCGACUCUACAUUCCCAGUAUCUGUUUCGCCAGAUGGAACGAUCGAGGCUGAAGCUAAUGGCGAAUUUUCUAUCGACGGCGUCGCUGGGUCGUCAUCAAGGACUCAACUCGACUUCAUCAAUCCCUCAGGCUCGAAAACAGGAAAAUUACUACCCACGGGGAAUCUAAUCGAUAUGUUUGAUGACGUGCGAGCAACAUGUAUCGAUGUUGGUAACCCGAUGAUAUUCGUUCCUGCAUCUGACCUCUCUAUCGAUGGGAAGAUAUCUCCGGAUCAGAUAUCUGCGGCUCCUGGCUUGCUUGAACGCCUGGAGAGCAUUAGAGUCCAAGCAGCGAUUAAAAUGGGUAUGGCUAGCACGACAGAAGAAGUGCCAGCCUCCAUACCGAAGAUAAAUAUUAUCUCCACCCCGGACCAGGAGGGUGUUGACAUUACUGUUCGAACCAUUUCUGUGGGCCAGCCGCACAAGGCUCUUCCCAUUACUGCCGGGCUAAGUCUUGCUGUUGCUACAAAGUUGGAGGGAUCAGUUGUUCGAGAAUACGUCUCGACUGUGCAUGGGGGACCGGGCGAUGGUGUGGUCAUUGGCCAUCCUGGUGGCACUCGCUCUUCGUGGGUGUACUACGGACCCUAG